UUUAUGUCAUUCAUUCAUUCAUUGCCACAAUUUUUAAUGGGAAGAGCGAGCGUAAUAAAAAUUUCUACAAAAAAGCGCUAAGUGUGUGAAAACUACAAUUGUGUUGAUGAUAGUUUUAUUUGUUGGAUCUUCAAAUAUUUACUUGUUUUAUCUACAAAAUGUUAACAUAGUGUAAAUAAAUAUAAAGCGAUUAACCUAUUUUCUUAAGGUUUUCGCUGCCGGCCAUUCCAGCCCCGAUAGUUUGUUGUAGGGCAAAGUUUUAAACUAGCUUUAUUAGUAAGAUGAAUACAAGCCAGAGUUAUAAAAUGAAGGAGAAUGCAACGGACCACGGCGACAGUAAAGCGAAAUCCACACCAAUUGCGAUGGUGGCACCAGAACUGAAACAGAAUGCGGACGCAGACACAGAGAUAACUAAGACAUGUGCAGUUCUGGGGUGUGAAGACUUCAAGAAUUUAGAUGCUGAAUCCUUUUUUAGAUUCCCUGAAGACUCCAGCCUCAGACAGAUAUGGACGGACCUGACGGGCCGCAACAACUGGACGCCAACAGACUUCUCCUACAUCUGCAUGCAACACUUCUCUAUUGACUGUUUCAAAUGCGACGAGGAUGACCAAAUGGUCCUUGUGGAUAAGGCAGUACCAUCGCUCAAGUUACCUAGACAUGUUUUAGAGGUUGAAUACAUUGAUGAAGAAACUCUAGAUAAUGAAGAAGAUGACGAUUACAUGACCACCGAUGAAGAAGAGGACAAAGCCAACAAUAUGUCCUUAGACCUCAACAUACCUCAGUCAGAACUAGAUAGUAUUGAACUGCUCAAACUGUUCUCCGAAGUGCAGAGACUACAGCGACAAGCCGUCGGACUAAAAGACAAACUCAAAUACAAUAUGAAAGUACAUAACAGACAAAAUAGAUUCCUAAAGAGAAUAAAAGAAAUUAUAGAGAUGAAGAAAAAGGUUUUAAAUCAGAAACGGAAGAAAAAAUGCAGGAUCCUUCUAUCAUUGCAGGAUAAAAUAAAAGAGGAUACGACAGGAUUAGUCUUGGCUAUGCCAAUGCGGCAGACGGAAGACAUGAAAAAUUUCGCGCUUAGCAUUUACAAGUAUUCGCCGCAAGCAUACAUUUAUAUUAGGAACACGUUAAGGACAAUGUUGCCAAGUACUGAAAUUCUGGAUUCUUGGAUCACGGCGGGUUACCAGCCUAGAAAUGUUUUAGCCAAUAGCAACCUCAUUAAAGUGGUAGCUGAACAAACAGAGACGCAACUGUCGUGUAAAGUUAUGAUAGGAUAAUAAGUGUAAAUCACGGAAAUAUUGUUUUUUUUAAAUAAACUAGGAAUUUUUCCAGUU